AGGGAGUAUUGUACCUGUUUCCGGAAAUGUCACGGGUGGAGAAUGUGUUCCAGGAGUAAGUGAAGUGAAUGAGACUGUGGCAUUAGACUUAACGGUAGGAGAAACUUACCACUUUGUCCUGUUCGUUGCUGAGCGGGAGCAAUGCGUCUCUUCAUUCUUCAUGGAGAUCACCGGUACCACCUUCUCCUCACAAGUGAUUGACAGCUCUGCAAACGAUGGCGGGAGCAGGAGGCGAAGAUCUGCUGACGUCAGCGGAUAUCCACUGGACUACGAGACGACCAUCAGAGAGGACCUGCAUGUCAACGGCACCGUGCAGAUAAUAGUUGUGACUGACAUCUUCUCUACAGGACCAUCGUACAAUGUGACCAUCCUAAAAGGAAAUGAAGCUCGUCAUUUCACGAUCAAAGAUGACACUCCUGAUAACCGCCUAGCUGCUGCCGCGCCCUCCCCCGCACCUCUGCCGUGGAUGACAGUAGAGGGGCUGUCGUUUGUCACCUGUGACGACGACACGCCCACACCGUCACCUGACCUGAACAUUGCAGGCACGGAAUCUUUCGAGGUGACCACAACGACGGUAUUGCUGAGUAUUGAUUCCGAAGUGGACUAUGAAAUUGCCCAGGAAUACACACUGAUACUGGAUGUACAAGACUACGGCGCUUCACCACCUAGAACGGGAACAGUAGUAAUCAAGUUGAGGGCUCAGGCACAAGGUGAGGGGUUCAUCUAG